AUGGCCGAGCUGCUGCGGAGCCUGCAGGAUUCCCAGCUCGUCGCCCGCUUCCAGCGCCGCUGCGGGCUCUUCCCGGCGCUGGAUGAAGGCCCGCGCGAGAACGGCGCGGCGCGGGGGCUCGCGCAGCUCCCUGCAGCCAACGGCAAGGGCGGCCGGGGGCCGGCCAACGGGCUGCGGAGAAUCGCGGCCCCGCAGGCUUAUGUACAGAAGUACAUUGUGAAGAAUUAUUUCUACUAUUACCUAUUCCGAUUUUCCGCCGCUCUGGGUCAAGAAGUCUUCUACAUCACAUUUCUUCCGUUCACUCACUGGAACAUUGAUCCUUAUUUAUCCAGAAGACUGAUCAUCAUAUGGGUUUUGGUGAUGUAUAUUGGCCAGGUGGCCAAGGACAUCUUGAAGUGGCCUCGUCCCCUCUCCCCACCUGUGGUAAAGCUGGAGAAAAGGGUGAUUGAUGAGUACGGAAUGCCGUCCACCCACGCCAUGGCGGCCACGGCCAUAUCCUUCACCCUCCUCAUCUCUACUAUGGACAGAUACCAGUAUCCCUUUGCUUUGGGACUGCUGAUGGCUGUGGUGUUUUCCACCUUGGUGUGUCUCAGCAGACUGUACACCGGGAUGCACACGGUGCUGGACGUGCUGGGUGGCGUCCUGGUCACUGCGGUCUUCAUCGUCCUCACCUACCCCGCCUGGACCCUUAUCGACCGCCUGGACUCGGCCAGCCCCCUGCUCCCCGUGUGCGCCAUCGUGGUGUCCUUCUUCCUGUGUUACAACUACCCCGCGUCUGACUGCUACAGCCCAACCAGGGCGGACACCACCACCAUUCUGGCCGCAGGGGCGGGGGUGACCCUCGGGUUCUGGGUCAAUCACUUCUUCCAGCUCGCGUCUGCGCCCACCGAGUCUCUCCCUGUCGUUCGGGACAUCCCGCCGCUCACCACCGACAUGUUGGUCUUGGGCCUGACCAAAUUUACCGUGGGCAUCGUGUUGAUCCUUCUAGUGCGCCAGCUAGUGCAAAACCUCUCCCUGCAAGUGCUGUACUCGUGGUUCAAGGUGGUCACCAGGAACAAGGAGGCCAGGCGGAGACUAGAGAUCGAAGUGCCUUACAAGUUCGUCACCUACACGUCCGUGGGCCUCUGUGCUACAACCUUUGUGCCAAUGCUGCACAGGUUUUUGGGGUUGCCCUGAACCUCAAAGGAGUUGGAAUCUAGCCCCCUGGACAAGGGAGCCCGAACAGGAAUGGGGCGGGGUGGGCAAGCUUUGACAAUACAUUUUUCUUAAAAAAAAAAAAAAAA